AUGAAAACGGAAGAUUUUACCUUCCCUAGAGUUGAUCCCGAGCAUUUGACAGUUAUACCAUCUUUGUGGAGAAUUUCCUCUCUUGUUCAUUCCAACAGAACAGAUUUCGACCUCGAAAAUGGAACAAGUGGACAGAUUUUCAGGAACAGUUUCUCAAAGGUUUGUGAAAUGAAUAAGAGAGCCAGGAAUGCAGCAGCAGCAGCAGAAGAAGAGAAGAUGGACAUGUUGUGGGAAGAUUUCAAUGAGGAAAUGAUUCAUCAGAGCAUAUCUUCUGCAGAAAGCAGUGGCUCAGAUUCUGAACCUGAGAAUAAGGAAGAAGCCAUAGAGGAAUGCAGUAGAUGUCACUUGGAAUCUGUUUCUCCAAAGAAGAAAAACUUGGUGCUGGUUGUCAAGGUUUUCAAGAAGCUUUUCUUACUUCAAAAUGAGGCUUUGAUCAAGAAAAGAGAUAUGGGCAGAGUCUAG